AUGUUAAUUUAAAGCGAACGAAACCUUAGUUCUAGAAGAUCAAGUAUUGGACCUACAUUCACGAGAAAUCCUUCAUAUAUACAUUAUAGAAAAUAAAAUUCAGAUUGUUCGAUUUAUUCAGAAUCCAAAGAACAAGCAGACUCAAUUAAGUAAUUGAAACAGGAAUGUGACGAAAGAUAAUCAAGGGCUUAAUCUAUUUAUAGUUCAUUUGCAAAAAAGCUGGUUUCAAAUAGGAUGGACAAUAUUAAAAAAUAAAAUAGUGACUCAGGACAAGUUACAAACUUUUUAAAACAAAUCAAAAGCAAAGCUAUUGUUAAUAGGUUUAUCUAAAAUCUUUUCAGAAAUUCAUACAUCCUCCCUCAAAAAUUGUAGUUGUAAUUCUAAGAUGAGUACAUAUCUAAAAGGUCAUCCGAUUGGAGAUAAACAUUGAAUUAGGGAGAUAAUCAUUAAUUUAUUAAAAUAUUUCAACCUGGGAGUUAAUUGCUAAUGUAUUGGGAUUUGAUUGGAAUUAUAAUAAACAUGAUUUCAUUGUGGUUGAGCCCUUUCUAAGCGGCCUUCAAUUAUCAAUCUCCAAUCGUAUUGAUUAUCACAAUUAUACUGUAUUUAUUUCUAGAAAUUUUGGUCAAUUUAAAUAGAUCGACAAUAUCAUUUGGAGAAAUCAUAACCACCAGAAGCCAAAUCGUUAAGCAUUAUCUAUAAGGACAAGGAGUUUAAGAUAUUAUAAGUCUUAUAAUUUGGAUUAUUAUAUUCAAUAAACCUGAAUUUAGUCUCAUUUUUGAAGUACUCUAAAUAAUAUAAAUAAUUGUGACAAUCAAAAAAGUGAUAACAAAUUUUGAUAAGUUUUUAGAAUCACUCUAUUCCAAAGGAUAACUGUCAAAUUUGAUUGACCUAUUUUCCCUGGUCAUAACAAUAUUCUUUUUUGCUCACAUCACAGCCUGUGUGUGGUAUUAUGUUGGAGAAAAGAGUGAUAUGUUGUUAGAAAAAUCAUGGUUGCAGAAGUAUGAGAUUGAGAACGAGAGCAUCAUGAUGAAAUAUAACUAUUCAAUAUAUUGGGCUACAACAACCAUUGUAACAGUUGGAUAUGGUGAUUUAACACCCUAAAAUUGGAUAGAAAUAGUAUUCACAAUAAUCAUGAUGUUUUUAUCUAGUUGUGUCUAUGCAUAUUCACUCAAUUCCAUUGGAAUUAUUUUAAAGAAUAUCCAAGAUACAAAGUAUGAAUAUAAAAAAAUGCUAUUGAGAAUUAAUGGUUUUAUGGAUAAGAAUAAAGUUGAAGUGGAAUUAUAGUUGAGAGCAAGAAACUUUAUAAAGCAUCAUCUAUUUCAGAAUUAAAAUUAGGAGAGUCAGGAGGAAAUCAACAAAAUUAUGGAAAAACUACCAGAAGAUUUGAGAAACCAAAUUACAAAAUCGAUUCAAUUAAGAAUUCUCAAUCAGAUUACUUUUCUGAAAGAUCUAUUUUCAACACAAGCAGUGACUGAUAUCUCCAGAUAUUUGGAAACUUAAUAUCUAGUUUCUAACGAUAUUGUAUUCUAAUAGAAUGGAAGUACUGAUUCUAGUUUAUAUUUUGUACAAUCAGGAUAGAUAGCCUUAUUCGAAGAGUAAUCUAACAAAAUCUUAACAACAUUAAAUAGAGGUGAGAAAUUUGGGGAAUACUCCUUCUUUACUGGACUUAAUCCUAAAUAUUCUGCUAAAUGUAUGAGUGAUACAGUGCUAUACAAAAUACAGAGAGAAAAGUUCUUAUAAAUCAUUCAAUAUUAUUAAAAAGAUUUUCAGAGAUUUCACAAUAUUAAAGAUUAGAUACUGCUCAAUUCUGAUUACUCCAAAUGCAUCUCCAGUUGUUAAAAUUGCAGACUAUUUACUCACGAAAUUAUAGAUUGCCCCUUAAUUUAAUAUAAGCCAAAUUUGGAAUAAAGAAUUAAAGUUGCAACUUUUAAUGAGAGACAAAAUCUCAGGAUGUUCCACAAAAGGUCAUUGCAUAAAACUAAUUGUAGAAGACUUUGUAAGACCAUAGAACUUUCAAUAAAAGCAUUCUAAGACGAAAAUGAAUCUAAAGUUUAAAUUUCAGAUUAUUAAUCUGGUUAUCUCUAAAGAAACACUUUUGAAGAAAGAGAUAAAAACACAUCUGAAGAACCAAAAUCUAAAAUCGUCAUAGCUGAAUAAGAUUAUGUUCCACCUACAAAUUUUGUAUCAGCUAAUUCACUACAACAGAAAAGGCAUUAAACAUAAGUCAGACCUUCUAUUGUAGCAUAAUUGCCAAAAUAAAAAAUGACAAUAAUACAACAAGAGUUUAAAUCACAUAACUAUUUACUAAAUAAUUCAUUCCAAUCUUAAUCAUUGAAUAAAUUUUAAUCUGAACUAUUUUUGGCUUCAUUUCAUCAAACUUGUCUCCAACUUGAUCAAAUGAGAAACUAUAAGGAUUACAUGCCUUAAAAUAACAUCUCAGCAAUCAUUAUCUAAAUGGAUAAAGCCCCCAAAAAAUAAUCCAAGAGAAGAAAAAGAGAAAUUGAAGAUUUAAACAAAUAUACCUUCUUUUAUUAUGUAAAGACUAUGGCCAUUAAAUUAAGAAAAUUUUAAAGAAAAUCAGUUUGA